AUAAAUUAGGAUGACAGUGGUCGGAGGCGUUUUGUAACAUCCAUUUAACAACUUAACCCGAACCAUUAUAACAAUGUCAACGGUUUGACAGCUUUAACCAGGUCUGUGCGUGUUUAUUUUUCCAGAGAUGUUGUCAUGGAUCGCGGCAUUGCUGACAGGAAUCCUCUCCGCGCAUCUCGCACAGCGCCUGUGUUUUCCAUACUUCUGGAAAGACGCUCUUUAUUUAAUGAAAGUCAUACGGUACGGAGCGCGUCUGGAAAUUUACAAAAGGACCUCACAGAUAGUAACGAUCAUAGACAGGUUUGUUCAUCAAGCACAGCGGUUUCCUGAAAAACCCUUUGUGAUUUUUGAAGGAGUGACGUACACCUAUGGAGAGCUCGAGGCGCGCAGCAACAGGGUCGCGCGCUUGUUUCAAGACACGGUGAAAAAAGGAGACACGGUCGCGCUCCUCAUGAACAACGAGCCCGAUUUCAUCUCGGUCUGGUUCGGGUUCUGUAAACUGGGCUGUGCUGUGGCGUUUCUCAACACGAACAUCAAAUCCAGGUCGCUGCUACACUGUUUUAACUGCUGUGGGGCCAAACAACUGGUGGUCGGAGCAGAUCUUCUGGACAAUUUAGAGGAUAUUCUUCCCAGUCUCCAGGAGGACAAUAUCACAGUUUGGUCUUUGUGUCAUGAAAAUUCUCAUCCUGGGGUCCACAGCCUGCUAGAUAAAAUUGAGAAAUCCUCACAGGAGCCAAUUGCAGCAAAGCGCAGGUCCGUCUCCUGUCUCAAAACCCCCACUCUCUACAUCUUCACUUCAGGCACAACUGGGCUACCAAAAGCUGCAGUCAUCACCCAUUUGCAGUCCCUGAAGGCAGCAGGUGGAUUUUGGGCAUAUGGCGGUACAGAAAAUGAUGUCAUCUAUACACCACUUCCCUUGUAUCACAGUGCUGCCUCACUUGUAGGCAUUGGAGGGACCAUUGAAUUAGGUGCCACUUGUGUUCUAAAGAAGAAGUUUUCCGCCUCUCAGUUCUGGAAUGACUGCAGGAAAUACAACGUCACCAUUUUUCAGUACAUAGGAGAGCUGUGCCGAUAUCUGUGCAAUCAGCCGACGGGUGAAAAUGAGAAGGAUCACAAGGUGCACAUGGGUGUUGGGAACGGACUCCGGCAGGACGUAUGGAGAGAAUUCCUGCGGCGUUUUGGGAAGAUCCGCAUGUGUGAGAUCUAUGGCUCUACUGAAGGAAACCUGUGCUUCAUGAACCAUAUUGGCAAAAUUGGAGCGGUUGGACGUUCCAAUUUCUUUUACAAGCUGAUUUUUAAGUAUGAUCUGGUGAAGUAUGACCUGCUUAGAGAUGAACCUGUGAGAGACCAUAAUGGAUUCUGCCAGCGUGUUCAGAAAGGUGAGACGGGGCUGCUGCUGUCUAAGAUUUGCAGUCAGAGUCCAUUUUUUGGUUACGCGGGAAGCAAACAGCUGACGGAGAAGAAAAUUCUGCGAGAUGUGUUUGUCAAAGGAGAUGCUUACUUCAACACUGGUGACCUGAUGGCUGAGGAUGAGAACAACUUCAUCAGCUUCAAAGACAGAGUGGGAGACACUUUCAGAUGGAAGGGAGAAAAUGUGGCGACCACUGAGGUGACAGAGAUUCUGGGACUGGUAGAUUUUAUUCAGGAAGCCAGUGUGUAUGGAGUUCAGGUGCCAGGAAAUGAGGGCCGUGCUGGUAUGGCUGCAGUGACUGUGAGGCCUGAGUGCACAUUCGAUGGGAAGAAGCUGUUCGAUCUUGUUGUCAGAGAACUGCCUUCAUAUGCUCGACCUCUUUUCAUAAGGCUGCAGGAAUCUAUAGAGACAACAAGUACUUUCAAGCAGCAGAAGUUUGGUCUGGUGGAGAAUGGCUUCAAUCCCUCCACCAUCAGUGAUCCGCUCUACUUCCUGGAUUACACAGAGAAGAGUUACAUUCCUCUGACCAGCUCUGUCUAUGCUAGCAUAUCAAACGGUCAGAAAAAAGUCUAGCCCUAGCCCUUUAAAACACCACGAUACCUUAGAGGAACUGAUUUUCACGGCACUAAUGCUAUGAGACACGCUGGUUCAUUUGUAGCACUGUAUAUUUGAUCAGCGUCUGCCGUGAAUUAUUAAACACAUUUCUUUCAAGAGCUGCAGACCGUGUCAUUUAGUGAAUAUAGAAUUAGUAGAUAUAAAAGAGGGUAGUGAUGAUCUUCUCCAAGUCGAGAUGAGUGAAGAGUCUUCUGUCAGUGUACAAUCAUGUGUGUUCUGCACAGACAGACUUAGAGAAGUGUAAAAGGAAAAAGAUUUUUUAUGAAUGUUUGGGAGCUAUGAAAGAAAAGCUGUUACAUUUGGAGACUGCAAACAUUUAAAGUGCAAACUUUAAAAGUUUACUUCCACAUACAAUACCUGACAAAAGUCUUGUUGCCUAUCCAAGUUUUAGGAACAACAAAUAAUAACUUGACUUCUAGUUGAUCAUUUUGUAUCAGAAAUGACUUAUAUGAAAGGCAAAGGCCUCUAGAUUACGCUUAUUAGACCAAAAUAAAAUAUGAUCAUGUCUUGAUUUUUUUAUUAUUUAAUUAGGACAGUAAGGUUUAACUUUGCUUAGACAAAAAUCUUGUCACUUAACAGAAAUAAUGUACAGUAUAGAAUAUAAAGUCAUGGUGCAGUGGAAAAAGAAUUAAUAUUGUGUAUGACUCUCAUGUGCUUGGACGACCGCAUCCAUACAUCUCUGCAAUGACUCAAAUAACUUAUUAAUAACAUCAUCUAGAAUGGCAAAGAAAGCAUUCUUGCAGGACUCCCAGAGUUCAUCAAGAUUCUUUAGAUUCAUCUUCAAUGCCUCCUCCUUCAUCUUCAUCAUGCUCAAUAAUGUUCAUAUCUGAUGAUUGGGCUGGCCAAUCCUGGAGCACCUUGACCUUCUUUGCUUUCAGAAACUUUGAUGUGGAGGCUGAAGUAUGAGAAGGAGCGCUAUCCUGCUGAAGAAUUUGCCCUUUUCUGUGGUUUGUAAUGUAAAGGGCAGCACAAAUGUUUUGAAAAACCAGGCUGUUGAUGUUGCCAUCCACUCUGCAGAUCUCUCGCACACCCCCUAUGCUUAAUAUAACCAUAAAUCAUGAUUUUUCCUUCACCAAA